AUGGACUCUGAAGAAUCUAAAAGAAAGUGGCAAAAGCAUAUCGGCUAUGAUUCAGAUGAAGCCUCUGAUGAAGAGGCUCUCUAUCAGUGAAGCCAAACGGGCAUUUUUCUCAAAAAUCUCUUUCAUGAAACUCAACCAAGAGCAGCAAGGACUAUUGAUCAUAAAGCAUUCAUAUCAUCUACAGAACCGGCCAAAAACUAUUUCAAAGUCCAACUCAUAACCAUCGCUCAUUACCGAAAAUCCGUGCUCCAAAUGAAUCUACCGAUACAACCCAAGCAGCUCCACCAAUAA